AAAAGAUUGCAGUUCUAACCAAACCUAACCGUGCACUUUUCUGACAGCCGUGUGUUUUUUAGGAGGUCUCAGUUCUAACCUAACCUGCUACAUGAGUGCCGCAAGUAUGACAUUCAAUUCAUCACUCAUUUUAUCAAGGAAAUUGGCAGAUACAGUGGCGACAUCAAAGGUCACCUUAAAGGUAGGUAACAUUCGCAUACCAACUACAGCUGCACUACUGCUGCGGCGCUGAAGCGGGCGCUGUCACUGAAAAUUUCCUUUAUAAAAUGUGUGACGGUCGCAGCCGCAUUACUCUCACGAUCAGAACGAUCAAUCCGUCACUCAUUUUAUCAAGGUAAUUAACAGUGACAGAGGUCGCGUUUAUGUCGCCAUACUAAUGACGCAACAGUAAUGCAGCUGUUGUUGCCAUCUGAAUGUCACCUUUACUAUUGCGGCGUUACUGCUGCAGGACUGUCGCGGACGAUGUCACUGUAAUCAUUGAAUGUUCUAUUCAAUGAUUACAGUGGCAUCGAUCAGUUCUGCGGUUAAAUGGAAAAAUGGACGAAUGCUCGACUUGAUUAAGUUCCGGUGACUCCCCCAUAUCUGUUAACGAUCUAAUGGGAAGUACCGAUUGAAACAAUAAUUUGAUUGUAUAGAUAUAAUUUGUGCAUUAUCUGGCUAUCAUAGGAUAUAAAAACUUGUCGAGCUGUCAGCCCUUAUUCGAUAGGCAAUGAACAACAUGUGGCGAGUAAACUUAAUAUUUAUUAUUGCUGCGUGUCUUUGUAAAUGUACGACAUGCGGAAGCGUCUUAAUGGCAGAAACAGCAGUGAAUUCCAAAACCCCGCGCCUUACUAAUGUUAGAUACUUUCGAACGUCGUGGGAUCUAUGGACAAGCGGCGUAGACAUGGAGGAAAUUAUAAGCACCCCUGGCGUGGCGAUCCCCCUUGGCCUAACUGGCAAUGAAAAUGUGGCCAUUAUAGUCCAUGGACGAGAAAGCAGUGUCCACAGUGAUUUUGUAAAUACUCUCAGAUUUUCACUUGCCUCAGCAGACAGAAAUAUGGUUAUCAUCAUGGUAGACUGGUCCUACCUCUCCUUUUCUUCGUACGAGCAGGCUGUGUCGGUCGUACCCUCAAUUGCUACGCAAAUAAGAACUUUCAUAGGGUCAAUAACUAACUUAAACCCAGCUCUUCUUCAUCUCAUCGGCUUUGAUCUGGGAGCUCACAUCAUGGGCAUAACCAAUCGAAACGCUGCCGUUGCUGCUCGUGCUGUUAAAAUCACAGCACUGAGUCCUGCUGGUGAACGUUGGGGCUCUGGCUCUCAGCGUCUCAGGGCUAAUGAUGCAACCACCGUCGAAGUAAUACACACCGAUAUAAGCGGAGCAAGAGCCUUUGGUACCGCUGAUGCCCUCGGUACCGUGGACAUCUAUCCGAACGGAGGGACCAGGCAGCCUGGCUGUGCAGCCAGCGACAACUCUUGCAAUCAUAAUAGGGCUUGGGAGUUGUUCGCGGCGACCGUGGACACUGGUGGACACUUGAUGGCUCUGCGAUGCGACACGAUGACGCAAGUUAGCAACAAUCGCUGCACGGGGACACCGCCUGUGAUCAUCGGAACAUUGGCACUUAUUAAAAUGCAGAGGGGCUAUUAUCGAGUUAACACCGGAAACACUUACCCUUUCAGUGCUAAAACGAUGUUAUAUUUUAACACAUACUCGUAGUACUUCCGAAAGUCAGUAAAUAAACAAAUUAUACCAAAUA